CCUCCCUUCCCUGCCUGCUGCCCCGCCCUGCCCCUCAGGUCACCUUGCAGGUGGGGGUGUUUUGGCCCGUAUUUAACCCGCGAGGGACUUGAAAUUCAAAAUAUAUCGAUGGCAGUCUCAUUAUCCUUUGGUAAUUCUGGAAUUUCCACCAAGAUUGUUUUAAAAACUCGUUUGGCAGUAUUCCAGAAGCAAGCUGCCAUGUUGUAAGCUACCCUAUGGAGAAGUCUACAUGGCAAGGAACUGAGGGAGACCUCCCACCAGCAGCCAGUGAGGAACUCUGGCCGUCAUUCCAACAGCCUGUGAGGAACUGAAUCUUGCCAACAACCAUGAGAAUAAGCUUGGACAUGGAUCCUUCCCCAGGUCAAGCCUUGAGAUGAUGGCAGCCCAAAUCAACACCUUCACUGAAGCCUUGUAAGAGAAAAGACGACUUCUUUUUGGAACCAAACUGUUGAUCUGGGGGACACCCACUUGAAAAAGGCUCAAAGCUCUUCUGGACAAGGCAGCGCCAGCCGGGCCCGGAGGUUCAGCGCCUCCCGCGGACGCUCCACCUGCGCGCAGCCAGCGAGGUUUCCGGGAACCGGGGCGCGGCGCUCGGCGGGCCGAGGCGGGUUAGCUUGACAUGUUCAAAGCAAAAGGGCAAACUGAUAUUUAUCCCCAUUGAAAUUGUUGAUCUCCUUCGAGGGCUUGUCAAUGCCAGGACUGGUGAGUGCUCAGAACACCUAAAUGAUUGAGAUUGCACUGGAUUUUGGUUUGCAGUACUUGUGGUAAUUAGGGAAUCAUGGCAACUGAUGAAGAUAACAAAGAACAAGUUCUUAAGGAGUAUGGGCCAGCUGAAGAAUUUAUGAAAGAUGAACAAAACCAGAAAUUAAUUAGUGAAAUUGAAAAGGAAAAUAUUCAGUUAAAGGAGGAGAUCCAAAAGCUUGAAGCUGAGUUGCAAGCGACAACCGGGAACUCCCAGAUUAACGAGGAUAUUCCCGAAACAAAGAUAAAGUUCACAGCUGUAGAGAAUCCUGAGAGUGACAGCCAGUUUUCAAAUACCUCCUAUUCGUGUCAAGUGAGCUCAAAAGUCCCUUAUGAGCUACAAAAAGGACAAGCACUUAUCACCUUUGAAAAAGAAGAAGUUGCCCAAAAUGUGAUCAGAGUGGGGCACCAUCAUGUGCAGAUACAGGAUGUAAAUGUGAAGGUUAUGGCCAGCCCGGUUCCAUUAAACUUAGGAGUCAGAUUCCAGGUUCACGUAGAAGUGUCCAAAAUGAAGAUCCAUGUUACUGACAUUCCUGAUGAACUGCCUGAAAGUGAGAUGAGAGACAAGCUAGAACUGAGUUUUUGUAAAUCCCGCAACGGAGGCGGAGAAGUGGACUGCGUGGAGUACGACAAGCAGUCCCGGAGCGCCGUCGUCACGUUUGUGGAAAGUGGAGUUGCUGACAAGAUUUUGAAAAUAAAAGACUAUCCUCUUUAUAUAAAUGAAAACUGCCAGAGAGUUACUGUUUCUCCGUACACAGAAACAUACCUGAAAAAGUUUCAGGUAUUUUCAGGAGUAUGUAAGAAGACGGUGCUUCUGACUGGACUGGAAGACCUUCAGAUCAUAGAUGAAGAAACUGUAGAGGAUUUUAUUAACAUUCACUUUCAACGGGAGAAAAAUGGAGGUGGAGAAGUCGAGGUAGUCAAGUGUUCCCUUGGGCAACCUUACAUAGCAUACUUUGAAGAAUAGAGUCAUGGAAUCCUAUGAAAAUUAGAGCUUUUGAACCCAAAUCACUGUUAAUGCUUGCCAAAAAUGAAUAUCCUUUUCCUUAAAAAAAAUGAAUAAUUCUUUCGUGUUUGUUUAUUCUUAGAUACAAAAUAUAUUUCUGUUUUUGAAUUCUUUGUUUCCACCUGCGCUGAAUGUUUACAAAUGCAAUAACUAUAUUAAAACAGUUUUGUUCAUAAAUUUUGUGGCUGGGUGCCAUGUCCAUUGAAAUGAACCAUAAGUGAUCCAGUUGUCCGUCUGCCAUGUUGGCUCAUUCUAUCAUGGUCUGAGCCAACAGCAGAAUUAAAUUCAUAUUAAAAUGCUGGCAGAAAUGAAAUGCUUUUAGAAAAGAUGCUAAACCUAGACCUAUCCAAU